CGGCUCACAGUCUGACGGCGCUGGGCGCCCGUGCGCGUGAAAUCUCUUUCGCGGAUGCGUUUUCUAGUGUUGGGAACUUGUGUCUUCGAACGUCCUUUCCGGUCCCGUCUUCGGGGCAUGAGUGACAACGACCUUCUUCGAGAUGCUCCGUUUUGUUCCACCGCUUCUAUUAUGGGCGUUCUUCGCACUGUUGUCAUCUCAGCCCGUGAGAGGUGGCUACGAGCCUCCUGGUCCACGCUAUCGAUGCCCGACGCCACCUAGUCAGUACCACCCCUGCUCUUGUUUUCCAGGGGAAGAUGGACUACACAUUAAGUGCGAGAACGCCAACCUGGCGAUCCUGAGCACCGCCUUCUACAACAUCGCCGCCACCCGGGCGCCCAUCGAGCUGCUCGAAUUGGAGCGUUGCCACUUCGAGAGGCUGUACGGGGCGCUGCUGCAGCCGCUGCUGGUGCGCGUGCUGCGCGUCAGCGACACCCCGCUGCGGCGCGUGGAAGCGGACGCGUUCGCGGGCACCCAAAUCAACAAUCUAACUGAACUUCGCGUGGUGGGUCACAACAUCACCACUCUACCCAGAGACGCCUUUUCCGGAGGCAAAGUGGCGGAGCAUUUGGUGAAGCUCACUCUCUCCGAGGGCCCGCUCACCGCGCUGGCCCCCGCCGCGCUCGCCCCUCUGCGCCGCCUCAAGCGCCUCGACGUCUCCUACAACAACAUCAGCAGCCUCCAGCGCGCACAGUUCAAAGGUUUACGUGAUUGUGAAGUGCUUGAUUUGUCACACAAUGGUCUGGAGAAAGUAGAAGCUGCUCAUUUUGGGGACCUGACUCGGCUUCUUUUCCUGAACCUCAGUCACAACCACUUAUCGAACUUACCCAGGUCAACGUUUGCCCGAAAUUCGUUAUUGUUGGUCCUGAAUUUAACAAGUAAUGCUCUUCCAAAGAUCGAUGUAACAACAUUUCGUGGAAUGCGAUCAAUCCGCAGACUCUACCUAGCAUACAACAGAAUAAGUGAUGUAGCACGAGGUGCAUUUGAUUCCUUAACACGUGUUGGCACAAUUGACUUAGAAGGCAAUCGCCUCACAACUCGCAUUCAUUUAGCCCGAAAUAACAUCACUUCAGUGGAGGCUGGAGCAUUCAAAGAAAUUGUUUAUGCUCACAUUGAUCUUAGCCACAAUGCAAUAAAGAAAAUACCAGCCGGGACAUUUAUACAAUGUACAAAUUUGACAAGACUUGACUUAAGUCACAAUCUUCUAACUGGAAUAACUAAACGAGCUCUCGAUGAGCUCUCCUAUCCAGGUGAACUUGAUUUAUCCUUCAACAAUAUAUCAGACUUUACCCAGGAUGUGGCCAGAGGUGCAUUGACCAGACUAUCGUCCUUACGAGCCAUUUCAGUGCGCCACAACAAUGUAAGCAAACCAUUCACGCCACCGCCUUCCUUGGCUCACCUAGAUCUCUCAUAUAACAGCUUCAAGGGGUUACCUGAAAGGACAGCCUGGCCAACAAUGAAUGCUCUUCUCUCGUUGGACUUCUCACACAACCAAAUAACGAAUGAAGGACUGCCAAGAGGAUGCUUAUCCAAUCUACUGACCCUGCAGAGUUUGGAGUUUGCCAACAAUUCCAUCACUCACCCACCACGCGAAGCCCUCACUGACCUCACCUCACUGCAGUACAUUGGAUUGAGAAACAAUAAAUUGCAUCGCCUUGAACGUGGGGCAUUUGGGCGCCUUCCGGUUGUUUUUACCCUGGAUCUGAGCCAGAACAUGAUCAACAAUAUCAGUGAACGUGCAUUUGACGGGUUGCUGCAACUACAAACACUGAAUUUGACGUCCAACAAUUUAACUCGAAUCCCGAAUGGAGCUUUCCAAGGGCUAGUUUCACUGAGAACGCUUGAUAUCUCGAAGAAUAAAUUAAACAGCUUGGAUAAUGGCACAAAUUCCUUACUAGAGGACUGCCUAUCGUUGGAAAAUCUGAAUCUUUCAUACAACGACAUGUUUGUCCUUUCGAAACGCAGUCUUCCAAGUUCGCCGUGGGUGCCUUACAAGCUCAAUAAUCUGGAUUUGUCUUAUAAUCGCCUUCCGGUUUUAACUGCGGAAUUUCUUCCGGGCGGCCGCCGCUUAGAGCGCCUCUCCCUGGCGAGCAAUCUCCUCUCAGAGCUUCGACCAGGUGUACUGGGAAAUCUGACAAAUCUUCGUUACCUGGAUAUCUCCAGUAAUCUACUGAAAGUUUUUCCCGGCCCCAUGCUUGGUCCACCUCCAAAUCUGACAGAAUUACGAAUUGCGAGCAAUCGAUUGAUUACACUCCCGACAAAAGAACUGGCCUCUCUCAAAUUUACAUUGAAGUUACUGGAUGUUGCAGGCAAUCGACUGUCUGGAACCCCAGUGGAAUUAAUUCCGCAAUUACUGAAUGGGACUAUUAUGAAGUUUGAAGGAAACCCUCUGCAGUGUGACUGUCGUAUACGUCCUAUUUUGCGCUGGUUUUCUGAGAAAGGCUCAGUGCCUGAAGAAUGGAGCAAUGUCCGUUGUUCAGAACCUGAUCAUUUGGCCGGACUAGCAAUACCUGAGGUUCCUGAGCCACGCCUUUCCUGCAGUGAUAAACCAAUAUCGGUUCUGCCCUCAACUGGAAUUCCUGAGGACAAUGGAAUCGAGUAUGAUCCAGCUCCAGAUGUUCGCUUCCGGAAAGUACAGAGAUUUGAAAAUGGGUCAAUAUCUGCAUCAUGGUAUGUUUGGACCCGUUCCGAUGUGGCAGACUUUCUUCUUCUUGCUCGUCCAGUGUCCGAAAGUGGCACAAGCACAUCAAACGUGCCCUUGGCUGAAGUUGACCUCUCAUAUAUAGAACGAAGGGCUAUAUUGCCAAUACCUGCCAAUGCACAAAACCCUCUUCAAUUUUGUGUAGCCACUAGGAAUAGCUUAGGUGAAUUACGACCUCUUCGACCUCGUCAUCAGUGUCGUGUACUGUCAGAAGGUUCCGGCAGCAUUAAGAUCCAAUCAACAUUAAUUGGAAUGUUGAUAAGUGCUUUUGUAUAUUUGUGGCUGUAAAUAUUACCCUGCUGUUUUGACAAUCUGUAUUGUGAUAAAAAAUAUAUAUUUCGUUUUGACACAAAAUAAUUUGUUGGUGUCUGAAAAUGUUUUUCAAUAAAUAAACACA